AUGGUAGCACUUAAGGAUACAGCACCAAAUGCUGCAAUUCGCAGUUCAUUCCCAAAAAGAGAUUUUGGUUUCAGGAAAAGAGGCUUUAACGUUGAAUCGUUUGGGUCUGGAAGUCAGGUGAAGCUACCGGGUCCUUCGCCGGAUCGGCCGAAUUGCUACGAGUUUGGAAUGGUCUCCUAUGAAUACAUUUACAAUGAUCUGAAGCAGAAGGAUUUCCAACUGUAUACGCAGAAUGGCCUGCUGCACAUGCUCGAUCGAAAUCGUAGGAUAAAAGAUAUGCCACAGAAAUUUCAACAUUUCAAGGGCAAAUUUGACGUGAUAAUUUGUUUGGAAGAAAGGGUAUAUGAUCAGAUCCAAGACCAGAACGUGCGUUUUUCGAAUAUUCCUCAUACUUCUCCAGUAGAUAAUGCAUCUUUGACAAGUAAUGGACAGCCGAAAACUCGUGCUCCAAAGUAA